AGAGGGCAGUUUCCAACGAGCCGAAACCAACCAGUGAGUGAGUGAGAGUGAGAUAGCCAGCAAUGUCGUCAACAACGACACUCUUUGCUUCUUCUUCUUCUUCUUCUUCUUCUUCUCAUCCUCUCCCUCCUCAGCUUCUAAAUUCAUGGCGUCCCUAUUCUCCGAACCACCAAAACGCUGCGUUUUCCUCCUCCCACUGCAAUAACAGAGCCACCACCCUGAAAUUGUUGUCACUUUCCUCCAAAACGACAUGGAAGAAUUGUCGUACCUUAGCCGCCUUGCCCUUCGACCUCUCUCCUCCUCCAAUCGAUCACGACCUCCUCGACACUGUGGCGACUGAAGGGGCAGAGGUUUCGGAAGAUGGGAUUGUCGAAACGUUUGGCAAUGACGAUGAAGCUUUGGAAGCCGUCCAUACUGGGGUUGUGGUUGUGGACCUUUCACAUUUCGGUCGGAUAAGAGUUAGUGGAGAUGACCGGAUCCAAUUUCUUCACAACCAAACCACAGCAAAUUUUGAAUGUCUUCAUGAUGGACAGGGCUGUGACACCGUGUUUGUUACUCCAACGGCUCGGACAAUAGAUAUUGCACAUGCAUGGAUCAUGAUUCCUUUAUUGUAUUCACAGAAAAAUGCAGUGAAUCUGGUAGUCUCGCCUGUGACUUGUCAGAGCAUCACUGAAAUGCUGAAAAAAUAUAUAUUUUUCACUGACAAAGUAGAGAUCCAAGACAUCACCAAGCAAACUUGCUUCUUUGUUUUGGUGGGACCAAAGAGUAACCAACUAAUUGAGGACUUGAACCUCAGUGGUCUUGUUGGACAACCAUAUGGUACUCAUCAACAUUUUAGUGUCAAUGGGAUGCCGAUAACUGUGGGGGUAGGAAAUGUUAUAUCUGAGGAAGGUUUUUCACUGUUGAUGUCGCCAGCUGCAGCUGGAUCAGUCUGGAAGACUCUUCUUUCUCAAGGUGCUAUCUCAAUGGGCUCUAAUGCUUGGGAGAAACUAAGAGUUCUACAAGGAAGGCCAGCCCCACAAAAGGAGCUUACUAAUGAAUAUAAUGUCCUGGAGGCUGGUCUAUGGAAUUCAAUCUCUCUGAGCAAAGGGUGUUACAAGGGUCAAGAGACAAUAUCUAGACUAAUAACAUAUGAUGGAGUCAAGCAGAGACUAUGGGGAAUUUCUCUAUCGGCAGCAGCAGAACCUGGCAGCCCCAUUAUGGUUGGUGGGAAAAAGGUGGGGAAGCUCACGAGCUGCGUACCUGGAAAAAUGGGAUCUCAGGGGCAUGUUGGAUUGGGCUACAUCAAGAGGCAAGCUGCUUCAAAAGGAGACACUGUGAUCAUUGGAGACUCUGUGACGGGGACAGUGAUAGAAGUUCCUUACAUUGCUAGGCAGAACCCACCAUCGAAAAGCACAAAUUCUUGAAAUUUAUUAAUAAUAUAGAUUAUUAAAAUUAGGGCCGGUGGAAGGGUUAGGCCACUAAGGAAAUGUUAGUAUCACUUUAUGGAUACAAAUGCCCAUUGAAGAGUUUGUAUAAUAUAUGUACAUGAUUACAAAUUUACAAUACAAUGCAAUACAUUUUUGUUUUGACUA